AUGUACCACCGUAACUCUGCACCUCCCCCUCCGGGUUGGUCUGGUGGCUACCCUCCUCCACAGUCGCAGUGGCCGCCGCACUCUUACCAAUACCCGCCAUAUCCGCCUCAAGGACCUCCUCCUCCUCCAGCCCACUCCUACUCUCCUCCCCCAACCUACGGGAAUUAUCCUUCGCCUUAUUCCACGCCACCUCCCCACUCGCCAUCCCCAUACCAGCAUCCUCAGCAUGGACAUUCGCGAUCAUGGACAAACCCCAGCCUCCCCCCACGUCCACCCCGCGAGUCGCAGUCCUUCGGUAAAGGCGCGCCCUCGAACUAUCGCUUCCAGUACUCGGAGUGCACCGGUCGGCGCAGAGCCCUCCUGAUCGGAAUCAACUACAUCGGGCAGCCGAAUCAGUUACGCGGGUGUAUCAACGAUGUCACCAACAUGUCGACCUUUCUCCACGAGCGGUUUGGGUAUCGGAGAGAGGAUAUGGUCAUCCUCACCGACGACCAGAAGAAUCCGAUGAGUGUUCCGACGAAGAUCAAUAUACUGCGGGCGAUGCAGUGGUUGGUCAAAGACGCGCAGCCGAAUGAUUCGUUGUUCAUUCAUUUCUCGGGGCACGGCGGAAGAACCCCCGAUCUUGACGGUGAUGAGGAAGAUGGAUACGACGAUGUCAUUUAUCCUGUUGACUACCGAGUUGCGGGCCACAUCGUUGACGACGAGAUGCAUAACAUCAUGGUCCGGCCGUUGCAACCUGGGGUCCGCCUAACGGCUAUAUUCGACUCCUGCCAUUCGGGAACUGCUUUAGAUUUGCCAUAUGUCUACUCAACUCAGGGUAUCCUGAAAGAGCCCAACCUUGCCAAAGAAGCAGCACAAGACCUUUUCAGCGCCUUAGCCUCAUAUGGGAAAGGUGACUUGAGUGGAGUCGCCAUGACAGCUAUCGGCUUCCUCAAGAAAGCCGCCAUCGGUGAUUCCGCGCGCCAGCGAACAGUCAUGACCAAGACCUCCCCUGCGGAUGUAGUCAUGUUUUCCGGCUCCAAGGAUACUCAGACAUCAGCGGACACUUUCCAAGACGGAGAAGCCCGUGGUGCCCUGAGCUGGGCCUUCAUCAAGUCACAGAAGCAGCGGCCGAACCAGAGCUAUCUGCAGCUGCUGAACUCAAUCCGUGCCGAGCUGGAGGGCAAGUAUACACAGAAGCCGCAGUUGAGCUGCAGCCAUCCUCUAGAUGUCAAUCUUCUUUUUGUGAUGUGA